UUUCUUUCUUUAUCAAUCUGCGUCUACUCUAGUCUUGGAUAGGGCAUUGUCUCUAAAUUUAAGGGCAAGGUACCCUACAAAACGAAGAGUUCCAACUUGUCGUUUAGCGUAUUUGCCAAGUAGUAGUAGAAGUGAGUGAAAAAGUAGCCACCACGGUAGCUCUCUGGUGGGGGUGACCAUGAAGGACAAUAACUCCGGAUCAGGAAGCAGAAAGCAGGGCGCUCCUUCGCCCUGCGCGGCGUGCAAGCUUCUCAGGCGAAGAUGCGCCCAGGAUUGUGUUUUCUCUCCUUAUUUUCCUGCCGAUGAGCCUCAGAAAUUUGCCAACGUGCACAAGGUUUUUGGUGCCAGUAAUGUCAGCAAGAUGUUGCAGGAGUUGCCGCUCCACCAAAGAGGAGAUGCAGUCAGUAGCAUGGUCUAUGAAGCAAAUGCCAGGGUCAGGGACCCAGUGUACGGCUGUGUUGGGGCCAUUUCAUCUCUGCAACAACAGAUCGAUGUCCUCCAGGCCCAAUUGGCUCUGGCCCAAGCAGAGGUAGUCCACUUGCGGGUUCGGCAGAGUGCGCCUUUGUCAAAUCAUGGGCUGAGCCCAGCUAGCCCAAGUAACAGCGGCUCUCCCUCGUCCAAGUUCGUGGGCUCUCAGGCCAAGCCCAUUUUCGACAUGGAUAUGACAGUGGACCAAUCCACCUACGGAGAGACGUGUGGUCAUGCCGGCUUAAUUUCCGGAUUCUACUAAUUAAUACUACACAUAUAAAUAUAUAUAUAUAUAUAUAUUUGAGUACUUAAAACUCUUGUCCGCCUUAGGUUUAAUUUAUUUUUAUUUAAACCUUACUAUACAUCUGGAUCCAUCGGUAGGGAUGGGGCGGCGGUGAUGGCAGCGCACAGCUGAGGCGAAGAAGCGGUGGUGGAGGCCAUUCGCCCGCUUUGGUCUUAAUUAAUUUUGAUUAACUAGGGAUUAAUGUACAGACGACUUAACUUUUUGAAGGAGUGGGUCAUUAUAAACUAGCUAA